AUGACCAAACUUAAGAAAAGGUCAACAAAUGCCUUUUUUCAAUACAGAAAUUCAAAAAUUGUUCAUGAGCAAAAGCGUAGGAUGAGGGAUCAUUCACGGAUUACCGCAUCAGGGUGGAAAAGUCAAGAUGAUUCACAAAAAGUACAAUUUUUUCAAGCUGCAGCAAAAGAUGCCGUCGAGAAAGAAGCAGCUUCAGGUGGUAACGGUUUUACAAAUAAAUCUUUCGAGCCAUGUGGUAAUUUCGCAUUUAUAAACGAAACUCCGAUCAAAAAAGAAAGAAUUCCUCCUUUGGCUAAAAAGGAAUCAAACGUAAGGUUGAUUACCUGCAACGAGCAAUCCAUCCAGGUUCAAGAACACUCGGAUGUUGAUGAGCAAAGGGAUAUUAACAAAAAUGUUAUCUCGCGCACGCAAGUACCUUUAAAGAAUUCAUUGGUUGACAAUAAGAAAGUUCCGAUUGAUGUUUCAAAAGAUAGUAAUAAGAUGAGUAUUGUUCAGUUGAUACAACAAUCAGAUACUGAUGGGCUCAGGCAAUAA